GCGCGACUCCAUUUCGUCGAUCAGGCUCUUGCUCGCUGGCUCGCUUGCUCUCCAGUUCUCUAGUUUUGUAGCCCUCUCGCGACCUCGUCACGCACGCAUCGCAGAUUCGCCUUUCUGUGUUUCGUGCACACGGUUCAUUACAUACUUACUACCAUGGUGACGGCGCGCGCGCUCGCUUUUGAUGUGACGCAGCCUGGCGCUGCUGCCAUGGCGAUCGACCAGGACUGGCACGCCCUCGGCGCGGCUCUCUCUAACUUGGGCAUGCACUUGGCUGCUGCGGCUGGGAUCACUGGUUCCAGCACCGGUUUGUUGCAGUGGCUCGCCGUGAUUGCUGCUAUCUAUUUGCUGGUCUUGGACAGGACUAACUGGAGAACCAACUUGUUGACCGCUCUUCUUGUACCAUACCUCGCGCUCCAACUCCCGGAAGUCGUGUUUGAUUUCUUGCGGGGAGGAAUCGGUGCGUGGAUUGCCUUCGCUGCCGUGGUUAUCCGCCUCUUUUUCGCGCAAUCGUUCCCUAAUUUGAUUCACGGUGAUUUGGAGUUGCCCGUAGCCUUCAUCCUUCUUGUUGUUACUGCCCCCAAGGCCAUCGUCCAUUUUAGGGGCCAUUUCAUUGGUGAGAUCGUGUGCCUUGUGAUUGGGGCUUAUUUGUUGUAUCAGCACACCAACCACGCCGGCGGCUUCCGUCGUGCAUUCGCUGAGACAAGGGGCGUCCGCCACACCGUGGGCAUCCUCCUCUUAUUUGUUGCUCCCGCCUGGUCGCUGUUAUUCUAGAUUAUCUCCGUCCCGCUUUCACAGUCACGCACGUUUGCACUAGUCUGUAUCUGCCUUUCAAUGUGAUACUUAUAGAUUUAAGGAUAACCCUGUGUUAAAUAAAAUAUGGCACUAUGACCCCGA